AUUUAUAGGAGACGCAAGUGGCUGCAAAGGCAGGGGGAGGGAUGAAGACGCGCGCCGAGAGAAUCGGCGGCGGUGCCGCACCUCACAGUGACGCCCCACACCCCGGCCGCAAGGAUAAAGUGCCCAGAAGCAGCAGUCCGCUCGUGGUUUAUGUGCCGCUACCCUGCAACAUUGAGCAAGUCUUUCCGACAAUUGCAUGGGAUGAUUUAGAAGACUGCACCACAAGAGAGAGCGACUCGCUCGGCUCGCAGGUGAAUGAAUCUGAUGGAGAUGAGCGAGACUUUGGGAAUUUUGCGGUGGAUUUUAUGGCUGAUUCGUCGGCCAAUCUGGAGAACAGCCUGUCCCCUGCGGCGCUGGCCCCCUUUCAGGGCUGCAUCAUCCCCCCACUCACCCCUCAGCAUGUCUUCUCUCCAGACGACGGCAUCGCAUUUCCCAAUUCUUCCUGCGCACAUGCCCAACAUGGUCCGCUUUGGACGGACAUCAGAUCCUGUCAAGACAGGAUGGGAUGUGCUAUGGAAGUUCAUCAGGAGGCGGCUGACACUUUUCCCAGAAGACAAAAUGACCCAAGUGAAGAGAGAAACCUUCACCUGAGGCAGCUCGCAUGCCGAGCAAAGCUUCUGGCGUCGGUGCUGGAGAAACUAAUGGCAGUCAGAGAUCCAGAAAUCAGCGAGCCGGUGAGGCCUGGCGAGGGUCCAUCCACGAGCCCCCGCAAGAGGCAGCGACUGACCGACAGAUGCGAGUCCUCCGACAGUGUGGAGGAGAUGCUGAGAGACGUCAGCACACGCUGCAACGCCGUGCUGCACGCCACGGCCGGGGGCUGUGCGCCGCCGAAGGAGUCGGACCCGUACGUCCCCAUGUAUGGGUCCUUCUCUGGCCUGCAGACCUCCGUGUGCAAGGAAAGCCCCACCGAGGAGGAAGAGGACGUGUCGUCUUUCCGGGCGUCUCUGGGAGAGCACGGCACAAUAAGGACACGCGUGUUCCCUCAAGGCCGGGCCUUCACCUCGGGCACCCGACAGGGUGGAUACCGCUUCCGCUGGGUUCCCAACCACAGCUGA